UGCUCCAUGAGAUCGCCAUCUUACCACCAACAACCACGCUAGGAAGCAUGAAUGACCGGGUGUAACUGUCGUCCUCGCUCUUGUCGUCAAGUUUACCAAGUGGGCUGAGCCUGAGCAAAGACAUCUCGGCAUCUCCUACCCUACCCUACGUUCGAUCGAGCUCGUGGUGCCCAGGCUCAUGGCGGCCGCUAUCUCCAGUCCCCCGAGCACGAGGGUUGCUGUGGUCACCGGCGGGAACAAAGGGAUCGGGCUGGAGGUGUGCCGGCAGCUGGCCAGCAAUGGCAUCACCGUCAUCUUGACAGCCAGGGACGAGGCGAGGGGCGCAGCCGCCGUGGAGAAGCUCAGAGAUGGAGCAGGGCUCUCCGAUGUCAUUUUCCAUCAGCUGGAGAUCACUGAUGCCCAGAGCAUCGCUCGACUGGCUGGUUUCUUGAAGGCGCGUUUUGGGAAGCUAGACAUCCUGGUAAAUAAUGCCGCUAUCGGCGGGGUUCAGUCACUUGCCAUCCAAGAUCCGAGCGGCGAAAAGUUCAGUGGCAUGGAUGCGAGGCAGAGGGCUGAAUGGAUGUGGCAACAGUGCCGGGAGACAUGCGACGCUGCCAAGGCAGGAAUUCAGACAAACUACUACGGCACAAAGAACGUAACCGAAGCACUGCUGCCUCAGCUGCAAGCCUCGUCCGACGGAAGGAUCGUCAACGUCUCCUCCGACUUCGGGCUGCUAAGACAUUUCAGCAACGAGGAGCUGAAGCAGGAGCUGAACGAUGUCGAGAAGCUCACCAAGGAGAGGCUGGACGAGGUGCUGGCCACGUUCCUGCGCGACUUCGAGGCCGGCGAGGUGGAGGCGCGCGGGUGGCCGAUGUAUUUCUCGGCGUACAAGGCGGCCAAGGCAGCCAUGAACGCCUACUCGAGGGUCCUGGCGAGGAGGCACCCCGAGCUGCGCGUCAACUGCGCGCACCCCGGCUACGUGAAGACCGACAUGACCAGGCACUCGGGCCUGCUGACGCCCGAGGAGGGCGCGGCCAACGUGGUGAAGGUGGCGCUGCUGCCGGAAGGCGGGCCGACCGGCGUGUUCUUCGCGUUGGGCCAGGAGGCGCCGUUCGUGUGACAUACGCUGCCAUACUGACUGCUGGCAGCGCACGGCCCAUGACCACUGGCCCCUCGUGCCGUCCGUGCCCGUCGUUCUCCAAGACUCCAACGGCAUGUUAGCUAGUAUUACCUAUAUGCAACUUCAAUCUGCUGGUUUCAGAUUGCGAAUAAAACCAAGGAAUGCUGCUGGCUCUCCGUUGUUUCUAUUAAUAAGCUUCGCUAAAAAAAAAUUCCAAAAUUUGGCGCA